GUGCGCGGGUGGCGGCCAUGGCGGCGCUGCGGGUGCUGGUGGGGGUGAAGAGGGUCAUUGACUACGCCGUGAAGGUGCGGGUGGCCGCGGGGGGAGGGGGAGUCCAGACCCAGGGGGUGAAGCACUCCCUGAACCCCUUCUGUGAGAUCGCCCUGGAGGAGGCUGUGAGGCUGAAGGAGAAGGGGGCAGCCAGCGAGGUCAUUGCUGUCAGUGUGGGCACCAAAGCCAGCCAGGAGACGCUGCGCACGGCGCUGGCCGUGGGGGCCGACCGGGCGGUGCUGCUGGAGGUGGGCGAGGGGCAGGCCCCGGGGCCCCGCGAGGUGGCCGCGGCCCUGGCGGCCCUGGCCCGCAAGCUGCAGCCCCAGCUGGUGCUGCUGGGCAAGCAGGCGAUCGAUGACGACUGCAACCAGACCGGGCAGAUGCUGGCCGCCAUGUUGGACUGGCCGCAGGGCACCUUUGCCUCCCGGCUGGAGCUGGAGCCCGGGGCGGUGCUGGUGGAGCGGGAGGUGGACGGAGGCCUGGAGCGGCUGCGGCUGCGGCUCCCGGCGCUGCUGACCGCCGACCUGCGGCUCAACGAGCCCAGAUACGCCACCCUGCCCAACAUCAUGAAGGCCAAGAAGAAGCCUCUGGAGGUGCUGGCGGCGGCGGAGCUGGGGGGGACCCCCCCGGACCCCCCCCGGCUGAAGAUCCUGAAGCUGGAGGAGCCCCCGGCCCGGGGCGGGGGGCAGAAGGUGCCGGACGUCCCUGCCCUGCUGCAGGGCCUCAAGCAGGCAGGGCGCAUCUAG